AUGCAUAAAAAUUAUUUACCAGAAAUUCAUUAAUCACAUUCAACUCAUCAUUUAGAAUCAAAAUACAAACAAAAAAUUUAAUCUUCCAAUUCAUCUAUUGAAUGGGAUCAAUUAAUCAACACAUCAAUACAAAACUCUGUUAAAUUCCAAGUGAUACCAAAAUCUUCAAACAACCUUAAUUUAUCAAAAUUAGUGCCUUCAUCUGAUGUGUCAUAUCUAAAAUCGACCAAGAGGAAUUUCGCCAAGCUUGGAACCAGCAUUUAUAAGGAUCCUGAACUAUAAUAAACUGUAAUAUGUUUCAUCUAUCCUAGAAAUAUGAUAAAAACAUGUAAUCAUUUUAUAGUACUCUGUAUCGGAAAUCUUCUUCCAGAUUACCCUUCAACACAAAUUUGGAAAAAGAGCCUUUCUCAGGUCGCUUAUUGGAUUUCACUGAAAUUUUAUAAGAUAACAAAAAAGCAACAGGACUCUAGAGAUACUUCUCCGAAAUUUUAAAACUAGAAAUGCAACAAAGCCAUUCCGAAAAAGAAAUGGUUCCUCCAAAUAGACAACAAGCCAUAGACUUAAAGGAAUGGCUUUUUAUGAUGAUCACAUUUACCAAGCAAGAAUCCCCCAAUAUCAAUACAAGAGAAUUAGCGGAGAGAAUCCAAUUGAUCUACGCUUCCUGUUUAAGGGAAUUGAUUAAGUAAUUGAUAAUCAUUAAAUAGGUAAGUUAGUAUUGAGUGUACUGAAAGAGGAGAAUUACUAUAAAUAGUUUGGGAUUUUUAUGUUGAAUUGAUUGGUUAAAUAAUUAAAUGCUACUCGGAAUAAUCCAAGGAAUCCGAGAAGUCAUAUCUUGAAUAGAUGUAAAGGAUUUAGGCAUUCCACGAUUCUCAAAUGGAAACCUAAAAAGUUAAAUAUUAGGAAUACUAAGAUCAAAUCUAAAAAAUAAGAAAUGAGUCUUCUGAUUCAGUAGAUGAACUAAAUUUGACUAAGGCCAAAAUGUUGUUAUUAACAGCCGAUAUGAGACAAUUAUUGUAAACUAAUGAAGCCCAAAAAAAGGAAAUAGAUUCUCUGCUCUUAUAAAUAAUGUUACUGAGAACUUAAGAUUAAAGCGAUAAAAAAUAAGAAAAUUAAACAAUCAAUGUUAAUUUAUCUCAAGGGUAGAGUAUUGUAUCGCAUCUAUUAAACUUCAAAGAAACCAACACUGAAUAUAAAUUUAAAAAGAGUAGAGUCAAGAAUACUAAUUUUGAAAAGUUUGAAUAACUGAGACAGUAAGAAUUAUAGUUGAAAUCCGAAUUAAUAGAUUAAUAAAUCUUAGAACCAGAUAUUGAAUAUAAUGAUUAGGAAGUACAAGCGGAUGUAGAGUAUCAAGAUGAAGAACUUUAAACAGACUUGGAUAUGAUGACUUUGGAGGUUUAGGAAUAGAAAUUAUAAGAAUAAGAAGUGUAAAUUCAAAAUUUAGAAUAAUAAAAGGAGUAACUUGAUUAAGAGAUAGAAAAUCAUGACAAUUCCUCCUAAAGAGAAAAUUAAUAAUCAGACUAAAAAUAGAGUUUGCUAGAAGCUCAAAUACAAUAAGCUAUACAACUUAUAUAGGAUUCUUAAAUAGAUUCAAAACAAUUGAUUUGUGAAAUUCUGAAUUAAUCUAUCUCUCAAAGCUAAUAGUUAUCAUAAAGACUUGCUACUUUAGAAAGAGAAGAUACCAGAUACAAAAUAGAAUUAUUGGAGAAGGAAGAUUUCAAUCAAGAAUUAGAAUCUAAAUUAACUUAGGCUGUUGCUGAUUUUAUUGAUAUCAUAAAAAAAAAAAAGAAGCAAAUUAAUACAUUAUUAAAAUAGAAAUCCACAUUACUGGAUACUUUGAAUUAGGUAUCAUCCACAUAUAAUAUACAAAUAAAUUUACCUGAAUUCAAUGAUGAUGAAAUGGAUAUGUCGUAAUAGAAAGAUUAAGAAGAAUCACAAGAAAAUUACCAAGAAUUUGAGCAAUCUCAAAAUUUAGAUUAAGAUAAUGACGAUAUCAAAAUAGAUGAACAAGAUGAAUUGGAAUAUUAAUUUACAGAUAGAACCAAAGUCUUAGAAAAUGAAUAAGAUAAUAAUUCUAAAAUAUAAUAGAAUAAUAAUUAAAAUCCCAAUAAUGAAGGUAAUCAAUAUUAGAAAUAAUUAGAUUUUGAAACAAGAAGUUAAUAAUAAUUUAAUUAAUAGCAAAAUAAUUUGGAUUAAUCUCUUCGUUAAAAUACUUAGACUAGUCAAUAGAAUGAUGAAACAUAAGCAGUAGAUUAAGUCAAAAUUAAUUAAAGUAACGAUAAAUCCACCAAUAAAAACUAAAAAAUUUAAUUAUCUACUCAACAAAACAAUAAAAAGUAGAAAAAUGUUCCACCUCUUAUAUCGAAAAAUUAAUUAAACAAAACAGAUAUAGAUAGAAAAUCAUAGAUAACUGAAUAAAAUUAAAAUUCUGUUGAUAAGAAAAAUAUAGAAAAAAAUAAUAACUAAAAUUCCUCUUCACAAAUGAAAUAAAAUGAAAAACCUGAAAAGUCAUUUUCUUAACAAACUAAACCAGAUACCUAGUAAUAAUCAUAAUCAAACUCAAAAUAAAAUUAACAAAAGAAAUAGUUUUCAUCUCAGGAAAAAUAGCAUAAUUCAAAUUAAAAUAUUUAAAAAUAAGAAAAAGAAAGACCAAAUGAUAAAAAUUCAAGUAACGACCUAAAUUAAGGAGAUUAACAACUUUAAGUUUCGAAUAAAGAAUAAAAAGAUCAAAAUUUUUCAAUCAAUUAAAAUCCUUAAUUCUCUAAAAAAAGAAAUUCAAAAGUUCAUAAUUAAGAAAAAAGCAUAACAAUGACUUAAAAUGAUGAAUCUCUUUCUGAAGACCUAGACCUUGAAUCAUCUUAAAUUAUUUAGAAUAAUCCACAAGGGGAAAGGAUAAAAUAAGUAGUAAAUCAAUAUAAGGAUUAAAAACCUAAAUUAAGGAACAAGUAUAAUCUUAUUGUCCUUGAACCUAAAAAUCAAAAGAGAUUUCGGAGAAUCUACAGUUAAAACACGGAUGUUGCUAAUAAUUUACUUAAUGACUUAAAAUCAAGAAAGAAAUAGAAUAAAAAAAUUUAAUUCUCAAUUUUGUAAUUAUAAAAAUUAGUAUUAUAAAUACUAAGUGACAUAUGCAAAUAAGCAGAGGGAUAUAAAAUUCCUUUUCAUGUUUGCAUCUAUGAUUAUUUUAAGAAUAAAUAUGGAUUUAAGCAAGUAGCCGAAAAAAAAAUUAAAUAGGUCUAUUAAUUUAUUUAUUAUGAAAAAGACAGUCAUAUUAAAGUAAAACUGCUUGCCUAAUUUUGUUAUUUGAUUGGGGAAAUGGAUGAAAUAGGUUAAAAAUUAUUGACAGAAAGUUAUCAAUUCUUUUAAUAAAAAAAUGACUUAAAUUAUGGAAAGGUUGAAUUACUUUUAAAUUAUGAAUAAGUAAGUGAAUUUUUAAGUGAAAAAUCAUCUAGAUGGCUAUCAUAAUAACAAAUCUAAUAGAUUUUACAUUAAUAUCGAAAUUAAUAAUAAAAUAAUUAAAGAUACUAUAUAAAUCAUGAUAGUUUGUUAUUAAAAAUAUUGGAAUGCUAUUACAGUAACAAAAAGGAUUAAUAAACAACUUUAGAGUCUUUAUUCAAUGCUGCAGAUUUAGAUGGAAAUAAAUUAAUUGAAUUUUCAGAAGUAUAAAAUAAUUAAUAAAAUAGUUUAAAACACUUCAUAGGGCACUUCAUUAAGAUAAAUUAUCAAAAACUUAAUUGCUCUAAAUCUUUACGAAUAAUGCAGAUUUUUAAGAUGAAAAUGGGGAUAAAAUGCUAACCUUACCAAGAUUUACCGAAAUGUCAAUUGAACUUGGAAUAUUUUAGAAAGAGCAUGUCUUAAAGUAUAGUGAAGGUAGUGAAGAAUUAAAAAAUAAAUGGGAAAAAGAAAAAUCUAAUAUAAAAUAUAGGUAUAUGAUUUUAUUAUUCCUCAUUAGAUUUUUAAGGGCUAAAAAAUUUUAAAAGGUUCGUCAUACAUUUUAAGAAUUAGAAAAUCAAAUUUAAAAUUAAGAGAAAGAUAAGUAAACAACAUUGUGGGUGAGUUUUAAAUUGUUAAAUGAAGAAUCACAAAGAGUAUUAUAAAAGUAUUUAUUGUUCAUAUACAAUAGUUAUGAGACAAAUCAAUGUUUAUUCGAGUUAUUACCUGAGUUACAGUUAAUAAUGUAUUAAAACAAAGUGAUUGAACAAUUAGAAUGA